AGACACACACACAAGGUGGGAGUUUGUGUGAGCUUGGAGUCACUUGGACAUGGACUUGUUAGUUUGUGGAGUGUUCAUUGUGUUUGUGCACGUCACCUCUCUGCACUCAGCCUUGAUCACUGACAACACAGAUUCACUCCAUCAAGUUUUGUCAGAGUUCAGUGUCAUUCGUCCGAUCAGAACCAACUCGCUGGGCCAUUUCCUGUCAGCAUCAGUGUCUGCUCAGUUUGUGCGCCGCAGCAAAAGACAAGCCCACUCAUCUUACUCGAGCAGCGACACAAACAAACAGCAGAGUGACGCAGGAAAUGCAUCAUGGAUGGACACGCCCCAAACCGGCAACCAGUUCGGAAGCAGCUGGAAGGGGCGGAAGGCGCAGCUUUUCUACAACGUGACGGUAUUUGGGCAGGAACUGCACCUGCAACUGCGCCCCAACUGGCGUCUUGUUGCCCCUCAUGCCACGAUGGAAUGGUGGGAGGAGUCAGGACCCAAGCGCUCACAGCCAAUAGGUGACACCAGCUGCUUCUACACAGGAGAGGUGUCCAACAUGGAGGACACCUCUGUUGCCAUUAGCAACUGUGACGGACUGGCUGGAAUGAUCAGGACAGGGAAAGAGGAGUUUUUUAUUGAGCCAUUGUAUCGAUGGGGAACUGGAAGUGACGGUAAAGAAGAGGAUGAGGAAGGAGGAAGACAACACAUCGUUUAUCGAACAUCAGCCAUCAUCAACACAAAACAACACAAUGUCAAUCAAAGUGAUGACUUCCUGCCAGCACCUCUCUUAGGUUCUUCAGGUGUGCUGAGGUCCAAUUUUGGUUCAGGUCGACAGCGGCGGUACAUUGAAGAAGCAGAAAUGUUCAACAUUGAGGUCUUGUUAGCCGUGGAUUAUUCUGUCCUUCUAUUUCACGGACAAGAACAUGUCCAGAGAUAUCUUCUCACCCUGAUGAACAUCGUCAAUGAGAUCUAUCAAGAUCAUUCUCUGGGUGCCAACAUUAAUGUCGUUCUGGUGCGAAUCAUCAUGCUGUCGCCAUCAAAGUCCCAGGAGCUCAUCUCAGUGGGCAAUGCCCAGAAGAGUCUGGAGAAUGUCUGUGGCUGGUCCUACCUCCAACAGAGGGACCAGAACCACGACCAGCAGCACGACCACCUCGUCUACCUGAGCAGACGCGAGUUUGGACCCUCUGGCAUGCAGGGCUACGCUCCAGUUACGGGAAUGUGUCAGUUGCACCAGAGUUGUGUUCUGGUCUUUGAGGACGGUUUCUCAUCCGCCUUCGUCGCUGCUCAUGAAAUUGGCCAUGUGCUGGGGAUGGAACAUGACGGCGAGGCCAACGAGUGCGAUGACGACGUGUUGUUGGGCAGCAUCAUGUCUCCACGAGUUCAGGCCACCUUCUACCGCUACCACUGGUCCAGGUGCAGCUGGAGUGAGCUCCACAAGUACCUCCACACAUACGACUGUCUCCGUGAUGACCCAUUCAGCCCUGACUGGCCGACUGCGCCCCUUUUGCCUGGGUUUCAGUAUUCCAUGGAGCAGCAAUGUGGCUUCGACUUUGGCCCGGGAUACGGUACCUGUAGCGCUUAUCCCAACUUGGAGCCGUGCAAGCAGCUGUGGUGCAGUGACUACAACAAUCCUUUUUUCUGCAAAUCCAAAAAGGGUCCACCUCUGGAUGGGACACCAUGUGGACAAGGGAAGCACUGCUUCAAAGGCUUCUGCAUCAAGUUGACCCCUGACCUCCUGAGACAGGAUGGUGGCUGGGGACAGUGGAGCUCUUAUGGCAGCUGCUCCAGAACCUGCGGGGGCGGGGUCCGAAUUCGGACAAGGAACUGUGACAGCCCGCCUCCAGCCAACGGGGGGCACACCUGCUUUGGAAACAGUUAUGAGUUCCUGCUGUGCAACCGAGACGAGCAGUGUCCACCUCUGGCUGACUUCAGGGGCGAGCAGUGUCAAGUCUGGGAUGAAUUUUUGGAACACGAAGGAAGAAAACAUCACUGGCUGCCCAUCGAACACGCCGACCCUGACGAACGGUGUCGUCUCUUCUGUCAGUCCAAUGAGACGGGGGCGGUUGUUUCCAUGAAGAGAACGGUGCAUGAUGGGACGCAGUGCUCGUACAACGAUGCCUACAGCGUGUGUGUGCGAGGAGAGUGUGAGCAUGUGGGAUGUGAUGGUCUGAUCGCAUCCGAUCAGCAGGAGGAUCGAUGUGGAGUUUGCGGAGGAGACAAUUCUAGCUGUCGCCUCAUUAAAGGCAAUUUCACUCGCAGUGCAAACAAAACAGGAUACCUGAAGAUCCUGGAGAUUCCGCGGGGGGCGCGACACCUCCUCGUUCAGGAGUUCCGGAGGACUCCCCACGUCCUCGCGCUGAAGAACCAGGAGACGGGUCACCUGUUCCUGAAUGACGAAGAUGCCGUCCCGGUAUCUCGAGUGCUGGUAGAGAAAGCCGUGGCUUGGGAGUACACCCACAGUGAGGAGCAGGAAGUGGUCCAGACCACGGGACCUUUAAAAUAUGCGGUGGUACUCAUGGUACGUUCCCAUGGCGAUGCCAAGGUAACGGUGUCCUACAAGUACAUCAUCCAGGAUCACCUGCGGUCUUCACUGGAGUCCAACCUGGUGCAGGAGGACACCAUCUUCUACGAGUGGGCGCUCAAGAAGUGGUCUCAGUGCUCCAAAACCUGCGGAGGAGGGAAGCAGUACACAAGGUUUGGCUGCAGGCGGAAGGCGGACGGGAAGAUGGUUCAGAGAACUUUCUGCUCCAACAUCAACAAACCCAGAGCCAUCAGCCGCAAGUGUAACGCCGUCGCCUGCAGCUUGCCACGCUGGGUGAGUGGAGGCUGGGAGGCCUGCAGCGCCUCUUGCGGACAGAGCGGGUGGCAGCGUCGCUGGGUGGGCUGCCAGCAGGAGUCGGAUGAGGACAGGUGGCGUUCUGUCAACAGCGAGCUCUGCGGGGACCGUCGGCCGGACUCCAAGCGACCGUGCAACCGCUUUGCGUGUCCUGCAGCGUGGCGGGCAGGACCGUGGACACCGUGUUCCGUCACAUGUGGCAACGGCACACAGGAGCGUCAGGUCGCCUGCGUUAAGCCAGAAGGUUCUUCUGACACCUGCAGCAUGGUUCCACCAAUCACCAACCGCACCUGCAGAGCGCCGCCUUGCGGCUCUGACCAGAAGAACUUCAUUGUCAAGUGGCUGUCCAGGUCCAGUGCAGACAUCCCACCCAUGAAGACCACCUCCGGUCUGCGUUGUCGUGGCGACCGCUCGGUGUUUUGUCGAAUGGAGUCACUGAGUCGCUACUGUUCCAACUCUGCCUACAGACAAAUGUGCUGCAAGUCGUGCAGCAACUUCAGUGGCAGCGGCAACGUCAGCAUGUCCACCACCGUGGCGUCACGGUCAAGCCCCUCCCCCACCAGUGGCACUACACCCGCCACUUUGACCCAAACUGCGCUCCCCAAAAGCACCGACUUUGUUUACGUCGAUUACGGUGAUUACGAUGAAUAUUUUUCCUACGAGGAUGCUGCUCUUGUCACUUCAACUCCUCCUGACAGGAAAACUGCACCGCCAUACUUCCUAGUGGAGACCACGCCCACAGUUGCUAUGGUAACCAUUGAUGCGCAAACAUCACUAACACCACUCAUGGAGACGUCUGUUGCACCACACAGUGAGACCACCCAAUGGGCAACGUCAGCAGACAUAACUGUGAGAGGGAGGAGCCUCAAACCUAAUGGGACCGGCGUUGAACAUCAAACUUCUGCAUUUUUGCCCAAGUCUCCAAAGAAGGAGAACAACUCUAUGAGUGAGGUUUCUUACGGCAUUGUGGGAUUGGACAGCGACACCACGAGGGGCCAGCAGAGCUACUUUGUGCCCCGUAAGCCCCCUUUUCGGGAGCGGACGCAAAACAAACGCAUCCAAGAGCUUCUGAAUGAGAAGCUGAAGCGGCCUGGCCGCCGCAGUGGGACAGAGCAUAAACACAGUGGUUUAUAGAUCACACUCUAACAGCCGGACACUGAGGGAUCCUGAAGAGGAAAAGGGUCCUGGUCCACAUUCAUGGAGGUUGUCUCUAUGAGUCUAAUAAAGCCAAGUCUCAACUCAAUUACUCUAUGAAGAUAAAUAUCAUCACUGUGAAAUAAUAUUUGGAAAGUCAUAUUAUAGUAAGUCGAUGACAAUUUUCUUGAAAGAUAAUGUGGAUAUUUGCUGCCUAUUAAA